AUGGCCUCCACUAGUGUCACUUGUAUUUCUUCCAUCCUGGAUGAUCUGCAAGCGCUGGAGAACGAUUGUCAAUUUUUUGCAAAUGGGCCGCCGAAGUACCUGAAACGCAUGCUAAGCUAUCUGAGAACAUUUCUUCUGUGUGCGAGAAAAUACAGCAACCAUGAUGUGCAAUUACCAUUUGACAACAAAAAGAACCAGGCAGAUAAUCAUAAAGCAAGCCUAGAAGCUCUGGCAGUUCGGAUUCGAGAUGCCAUUCCCAAGAGGGGAAAAAAGAUCCGAUGGGAUGUGGUCUAUGAUUUAGAAAAAGACAUUAAAUCCUUCGAACAAGAAAUUUGCGAAUGGUAUGUCUUUUUCUUGGGUUCCUCGUCACAGCAGUCCAGUAAUUCGCUCGUUCGACAAGAUGACCUUAUGGAAUUUAUGGAUUCUCUAGUGAAUUAUCUUCCAAGGAGUCGGCCGGCAUAUGAAGUUGGACUAAUUAAAGCCCUUGAAGAGAAGCUGGCAUUCCUGAAAAACUUCAUCCGUUUUGUCACACUGCAUGGUGUUGAAAACACAGAAUUGAGACCUUUGUUAGUUCACACUGAAGCUGUGGCUGUCAAUGCAGCACACCUCUCUUAUAAGUGCCAGUUUAAGAAGGGUUUCGGACCGCCCAAGGAUAUCAAGGAAAGCAUUUCGGAACUGCUGCAGAAGAUUAUUCCUGUUGAACCGCAAGUCCUUGGGACUUGUAUCCAGGCCCUGAGUGCUUCAAAAUUAUCAAGACAAUCAUACGGAGAUACAGAUGAGCACAUAUUGAGUGACUUCCACCAUUCUCUCCUGUGUAAUCUUUGGGAUAAACUAAAGCGUGGUUCUUGUGCUGUGAUUUUGCGUCAACUACAAAUGUUUUAUGAGGGGCUAAAUUCCUUGAGAACCAUUUUGAAGGAGAAGCCAAAGGAGUUCGAUGAGAAAGUAAGAGAUCCUACUCGAGUCGUGAAUUGUUAUGGAGGAGAUGUUAUUUCCCCACUCUCUCUGAAUGCAAUCAAAGAUGCCAUACAAGCCAAGGAUAUGGAUAUUGUGUGUUCUGAGUUAUUGAAAAUAAUUAAGCUCAUCGAUGCAGUAAUCACAGAGAAGUGUCCAGAAUCAUCAUCGUUCAAUUUUCCUAAGACCAAUGGACUGGGCUUUGUUGAUUCCCUUCUAGAAAAGAUGAUGGAUGUGACAAGUUCUGAGGCUGGUUCGAUUGCUUUGAUCGAUCAUCCAAUUCAAAAAGUCCUGGAAGAACUUGAUUGUUUACGCUCUUUGCUGAGGAAAAUUGUGGAGCUGCACAACGAAGACGAGGACGUCCAGGCAAUUUGGAAUCGUAUUGUUGGGGUGGCAUAUAGGAUAGAGUUUCUUAUUGACUCCUUAAUAACUGGAAAUAUCUUAGAUUCUUCUUCAAUGUCCAUUCAUUCCAUUUUAGAAGAAAUGAACAUCAUUAAAGCUGCGGCCUUGAAGAUUUGUGAUAGCGAAAGACUUGGUGGAAAAGUUAAGGAAGUAACGAAGAGAUUCAAUCACAUGCCACAAGAAGGAAGUAAGCCAAUAGUCAAUGAUGUGGUGGUGGGAUUCGAGGAUGAGGCGGCAUCGAUUAUCAAUCAACUCAGAAAUGGAUCACUCCAAGUGAAAAUUGUUUCCAUUGUGGGUAUGCCGGGAUGCGGUAAGACAACUUUGGCUAGAAAAGUGUACAAUGAUUCUUCAGUGAAGUCCCAUUUUUAUGAGCGUGCUUGGUGUACUAUUUCUCAAAUAUAUGACAAGAGAAAUCUGUUGCUUCAAAUUUUGAGUUGUAUUGAGUCCAAGCUUCCUGAGUAUGUUUUUAAGAUGGGUGAAGAAGAUCUGGCUCUUAAAGUCAAAAGACGUUUGCUGAAAAACAGAUAUCUCAUUGUUUUGGACGAUUAA